CUUAACCCGCAUCUCGCUGAACCUGACAUCGUUCAAAGUCGCCCGCCCUACCCACAACCAUGGCAGAAGGAUUCACCAAUCUCAUUCAGUCAGUCGCAGGAUUAAGUCUUGCCGAUGGAACGGCCCAUCGCCCAAACCCACAUCAGACUCUCGUGGGUGCAACUCGCGCUCUAAUACAAACUGCCGAAGCCACUGCCGCACAUGCGCAAGGAGUAGUACCCGGGCCCUCGACUGAGAGCACACAGACUCGGGGAGAUCAAGUUAUUGCGCAACUAAGCUCUGUGAGAAGAAGAGCCAACGCUCCUGCAGACACCAUAGCGGCGUUCGCCGAUAAAGCCGACCGCUACGUUGUAGCUUACAUUACAUCGCUUGCUAGUCAGGGGACAAAGGUGCACAAAGCAUUGUCGUAUUUUGAUGGAGAACUGAGGAGUAUCGCUCAGGAUGUUCUCGAUAGCACCAGCGAUGACAGCAGCGUUCUGCGGGAGGUAUUAGAGCGUUGCUACAGUCAGUCUCUUCAUCCCUCCGGUACCCUGCACUACGACAAUUACUUCAUCCCUCUACGCGAAUCCCGUCUCGAAUGGCCCUACGACCCCGACUUCGAGAGUGAGGAAUACUAUGACCACGAAGAACGCCUAGCCGUCAACGAAGGCUAUGCUGAGGCCUUCCGUGUGCGAUGCGAGCACAAAUAUGAGAGCGAAUCUCAAAACGAAAGGAAGGAAGGGGAAGCAUGGAUCGGCUUCUGGGUUCGGGCAUUCAGUCAAUGUCCCAAUGGACCUACACUAUUUCAUCCAGCACCAAGUCGUUUUCCUCAAUGGCACUUUGCAGAUGUUCCCCGAUACUUAUUCAGGGCAUUCGAUCAAGCCAGUUCCGGUCAGAGCGACGAAAACGUCGUCGCUUCCAUUGAGAGUAUCUCCGCGACACCGUGGCACAGCAAAGUCGAUCUCCUUUCGAGGACAAAGGAGAAGGCAACGAGAAUGCUGCACAGGCAUUUGACUAAGAAAUGUUUGAGCGGAGGGGAAGGCGAUGACAAUCUGAUGUCGUGGAGUAGUUCUCUGCUUUUUGUGAUUCAAUACGCCAUCUGGAGGUGCCACCGUCGUGACUGUGGCCAAGAUGAGGUCAAGAUUUGCGCCGUCGACACGACGAAGUUUCCUCGGGGCCAGUUUGCGCGCGACAUGCCAUUGCUCCGGGCCUAUUAUGAAACUUCCGGACUCGACCAGAAGAUGCGGAGGUUUUUCGAUUUUCGUCUCGAAACGGCAGACUAUGACAACGGAGAGUAUCUUUCGCAGGGAAAAGUGCAUCAUACUGGGCGGUCUUGUGUGUUCUCUCUUGACCAACUCAUCCAGGCUGGACUCCAUGACCUGUAUCCUGAAUUUGAAGAUUCUUCUGCAAUGGGUUCAUGGACAAAGCGCGUGAAAGACCUUCGUCUCGGAUGGUCCAUUGAGCAUACAACAACCCAGGUCGACAUACGAAGAGCAUUCGAGGUGGCCAGAGCAUGCUUAGAUCCGUUCAAUGCAUCUGAUAUAGCAUUGCUGCUCUUGUCAUUCAAAAACCUCAAGGUUCGGACCACAACGACAACCCGCACAUCCCGAUCCCGCAACGUCACACAACAGGAUCGAGAAAACCUCAAAGAUUACGGGCCAGAUGAGGUCCAGCGAUACAUGGAACUUGCGGAAACGAUGAUGCCAGAGGACCGGGAAGAUUGCGAUGCUUUAAGUUGGCUAUUAUCAUCAGUUGGUACCCAGCCUCUUGCACAAGUCUUUGAAUCUACUUGAACGGAAAUUCGUCAUCACGUCCUCGAUAACCUCCUGGCGAGAUAACUUCCUCGGCCUAUGCCAACUCAUCAGAUACUCCCUGCCUGAGGACGACCGGUAAGAGGUGAGGCGGAGAGGGGCGGGGGUGGUUGGGUUGGGAGGGAAUACAUCUCCUGACGGGCUCUUACGAUGCACUUGCCAUGGCCUGCUUGCCCAUGGCUGUCGGUUAUAAUAUGACCAGU